AUGGGUGUUCAAGCUACCGACAAAUUUGCUACCAAGGCUAUCCAUGCCGGCUCUCACGUCGAUGUCCAUGGUUCCGUCAUUGAACCAAUCUCUCUAUCUACCACUUUCAAGCAAUCUGCUCCUGCUGAACCAAUCGGCGAGUACGAAUACUCCAGAUCUCAAAACCCAAACAGAAAGAACUUGGAGGAUGCCAUUGCCGCUUUAGAGAACGGUAAGUACGGUUUAGCUUUCUCUUCUGGUUCCGCCACCACUGCUAUCAUCUUACAAUCUUUACCACAAAACUCUCACGCCAUCUCCAUCGGCGAUGUUUACGGUGGUACUCACAGAUACUUUUCCAAAGUUGCCAACACUCACGGUGUUGACACAGACUUCACCAACGAUUUGGUCGCUGAUCUACCAAAAUUAGUUAAGGAAAACACAAGAUUGGUUUGGAUUGAAUCUCCAACUAACCCAACUUUGAAGGUCACUGACAUCGAAUUGGUUGCCAAGACCAUCAAAUCAUUAAACAAGGACAUCUUAUUAGUUGUCGACAACACUUUCUUAUCCCCAUACCUAUCUAACCCAUUGAACUUCGGUGCCGACAUCGUCGUUCAUUCUGCCACUAAGUACAUCAAUGGUCACUCUGAUGUCGUUUUAGGUGUCUUAGCUACUAACAGCAGAGACAUUUACGAAAGAUUACAAUUCUUACAAAACGCUGUCGGUGCUAUCCCAUCUCCAUUCGACGCUUGGUUAACUCACAGAGGUUUAAAGACUUUACACUUACGUGUCAGACAAGCCGCUUUAAAUGCCACUAAGAUUGCUGAAUUCUUAGCUCAAAGUGACAACGUCGUUGCUGUUAACUACCCAGGUCUACCCACCAACCCAGACUAUGCCAUUGUCAAGAAGCAACAUAGAGAUGCUUUAGGUGGUGGUAUGAUCUCUUUCAGAGUUAAGGGUGGUGCAGAAGCUGCUUCUAAGUUUGCUUCUUCUACUAGAUUAUUCACUUUAGCUGAAUCUUUAGGUGGUAUUGAAUCAUUAUUAGAAGUCCCAGCUGUCAUGACUCAUGGUGGUAUUCCAAAGGAACAAAGAGAAGCUUCCGGUGUUUUCGAUGACUUAGUUAGAUUAUCUGUUGGUAUCGAAGACGGUGAUGACUUAUUAGAAGACGUCAAGGCUGCUCUACAAAAAGCCUCUAACUAA